AUGGCAGACAGUGGCAAGUUGCUCGAGGCUCCUGCCCAUGCGCGGGUGGCGUCCAUCUCGACGCCUGCGCAAGCCAAGCCGAAGAAGGUGGUGCAUUACCCUUUUUGGUUUGGAGGUUCGGCCUCGUGCUUUGCCGCUUGUGUGACGCACCCUUUAGAUCUUGUCAAGGUUCGAUUACAAACGCGCACACCCGAUGCUCCGAAGAGCAUGAUUGGAACAUUUGGACAUAUCGUUAGACAUAAUGGGGUUACCGGACUUUACGGUGGUCUUUCGGCCGCCAUGUUACGCCAAAUAACAUAUUCUACAACCCGAUUCGGUAUAUACGAAGAGAUGAAGAGCCGCCUUUCAAAGCCCGACUCGUCCGGCUCUUCCUCACCCGGACUCCUGACCCUCAUCGGCAUGGCCUGUACCUCGGGCUUCAUCGGCGGAAUUGCGGGCAACCCAGCCGACGUGCUCAACGUGCGCAUGCAAUCCGACGCUGCGCUGCCAAUUGAAAAGCGCCGCAACUACAAACACGCUUUCGACGGUCUGAUUCAGAUGACCCGACAAGAAGGAUUUGGCUCGCUCUUCCGCGGCGUUUGGCCGAACUCAACCCGCGCAGUGCUCAUGACUGCGUCGCAAUUGGCAUCUUAUGAUUCCUUCAAGCGUGUCUGCAUCGAGAAAUUUAGCAUGGGCGAUAAUCUGGGCACCCACUUCUCCGCAUCCUUCAUGGCUGGCUUUGUCGCAACCACCGUCUGCAGCCCUGUUGAUGUUAUCAAGACUCGGAUCAUGACCGCAUGCCCGAUUGAGACCCGCGGCCACACCACAAUUGGGUUGCUGCGCGAUAUCUGCCGCAAGGAAGGUUUCGCCUGGACUUUCCGUGGGUGGGUUCCCAGUUUCAUCCGACUGGGUCCUCAUACCAUUGCCACUUUCCUUUUCCUGGAAGAGCACAAGAAGCUGUACCGGAAAUUGAAAGGUAUCUAA